UGGCACCGGUUCUUCUUCUUUCUCGAUGCGCGAGGCGGCCAUACCAAGCCAAGAUUUGGGCUCACUUUACGACAGUUUUCUGGGGUUCGCAUCGUUUUGGUGUUUUUAGCCUCGGUUUAUUGGCUAGAAAGCAGCUAAAGCUGACUUCUGGUAUGUCAUCAGCCACUGCAAGAGCGCGAGUGUACGCCGACGUGAACGUCCAUCGCCCAAGAGAAUACUGGGACUACGAGUCUCAUGUCAUAGAAUGGGGUCAACAAGACAAUUAUGAGCUAGUACGAAAACUUGGUAGAGGCAAAUACAGUGAAGUAUUUGAAGCAAUAAAUAUCACAAAUGAUGAAAAAGUGGUAGUCAAAAUAUUAAAGCCCGUAAAAAAGAAGAAGAUAAAAAGAGAAAUAAAAAUUCUGGAAAAUUUGAGAGGUGGCCCAAACAUCAUUAACCUCUUGGAUGUCGUCAAGGACCCUGUUUCAAGAACGCCAGCAUUAAUCUUCGAGUAUGUUAACAACACUGAUUUUAAGCAACUAUACCAAACAUUUACAGACUUUGACAUCAGAUACUAUCUGUAUGAGCUGUUAAAGGCUUUGGAUUAUUCGCACAGUAUGGGAAUCAUGCACAGAGAUGUCAAACCUCAUAAUGUCAUGAUAGACCAUGAAAAACAAACGCUGAGACUAAUAGAUUGGGGAUUAGCAGAAUUCUAUCACCCAGGCCAGGAGUAUAAUGUACGGGUAGCGUCACGAUACUUCAAAGGGCCUGAAUUACUAGUUGAUCAUCAGGAAUAUGACUAUUCGUUAGAUAUGUGGAGUUUUGGCUGUAUGCUGGCAAGCAUGAUAUUCAGAAAAGAACCAUUCUUCCACGGGCAUGACAACUAUGAUCAGUUGGUAAGGAUAGCCAAGGUUCUUGGAACAGAAGACCUGUUUGAUUACAUUGAAAAGUACCACGUAGAACUAGACCCAAGGUUCAAUGAUAUCUUAGGGAGGCAUUCAAAAAAGAGAUGGGAAAGAUUUAAACAUGCCGAAAAUGAACACCUGGUUAGCCCAGAAGCGCUUGAUUUGCUGGAUCGCCUCCUAAGAUAUGAUAUUCAGGAACGUCUAACUGCUAGAGAAGCAAUGGAACACCCAUACUUUUAUCCAGUCGUCAGACAAGAACAACAGAGACUGGCCUCAGGUCAGGCAGCCAGCCCGAUGAACUCUCAAACCCUGGCAGGGAAUACAUCCCAACCAAUCGGCUCACCACUACCACCCUCAUCCAUUUCACCCUUACCCAAUUCAACCCCCACUUAACAGAUAUACUACUCAAGAAAAUCAGUAAUUAUUAUUGCAAGAGUUUUGUGAGGAUCGAUUUUAGCCAUUGAGCACAGUUGAGGUUAUGUAGGGUGUUUUAGGUGCAUAUAUACACUGGACAUGUAAAUCUGCAAUCUACUUGUGUUAUAGCAGCGAUCAAUAGACCUCUUCGGCUUGGGGUAAUGUUUUCCCAUUUCAGACCACGUGUCAGUCCCUUGAGAAUAGGAUUCUUUGUUUGAGUUGUAUCCAUAUUCAUGUGUCUUCUCAUGUGCAACCGAGCGCAAACAAAGAAAUGAUACUCUAGGGAAUGACAUGUGGUCGAAUGACAUGUGGUCUGAAAUGGGAAAACAUUACGUCAGAGCCGAAGAGGUCUAUUCAGCUGCAGUUCCAAAAUAAUAAACUCUUCUGUUGAGUUUUGUGGUAUUUUGCUUCAGAAACUAUGAAGCAAUGAUUCCAAAGUUAAGUUCGAGUUACCAUAGUCCCAGAGGUCUCAGAAUAGUAUUGAAGUGUUCAUGUAGAAAACCUUUGGCACCAUGGUGCAAAUAUGACUUGCAAACAGAUGUGAGAGAAAAAAGUCAGACUUACCAUGGAUGUGUUUUAUAGAAUAACCUUUGGCACCAUGGUGCAAAUAUGACAUGCGAACAGAUGUACAAGAAAACAUUAGGGUUGAGUCGUUCAGACCUUGAUGAUCAGGGUUUGAAUAUUUAAAUUAUACUCGUUGACAGAACA